CCGCGACGGACUCUGUCUCUUGUCUCGUCGACCCCUUCUCUCCUGAUUGGCAUCGUGUUCCUGGCUUCCGGGCUUCCCACAAGCACUCACUCGCAUCCGUGUAUGUGGUGGCCCUUGCAGUUGCUUCUCUGGAUUCGAAGUUUCAUCGUUGGGUCCGCAUGCUGGGAGCCUGGCAGUCACUUCGAUUACUGGAGGAAGUAUGUAUUUGUUUCGCCAUUCCAUCUGAUAAUUGGCAUGUGUUCUUGAAGAGUGAUUGGUGCAGCCUCUCCGUCCCAUUUGGAGUGGUCAUUGUGGGUCUGGUUUUCCGAGGAGCUGGGGGUCGCUACCAGUGCCGGAACAAUUGGGUGCCGCGGGUUCCUCCCUGAUGGUUGACAUGUAUGCUUGAAAUGGGAUUGAUGCGAGGCGCAGGAGACUUGGUGCACUUUUUGUAAUUUUGUUCCUACUUGUUGAGUCGAGAUUUCGGAGCGGCGAUUGGAGGUCUGGUGCACAACAUCCGCCAUUGCCUGUUUCACAGAGGUGCUUGUCGCACGCCAGUCGAUAAUCUCAAUGCUCAAUCGCUCACGGCCACUGUAGUCGGAAUUCUCCUUCUGCAUUGCUGCCUUGUUAUCAUUGUUAUCAUUGCCCGGCACGGAGGGAGGGGGAGGGAGUAAUAGGAGGUGGUGCAGGUCGGAUUGGGUGUCGGAUCUCGUGGUAGACCAAGCCAUUGUACGACAUUGUCUCAUUUGCUCGACUGCUACGCGACUGGCCGGAGCGGAGACUUAGUCGCACUAGCUGGGGCCCCACUCACAGCAAUCUCCGCAGGUCAGCCAAUUAGAAGUUCCUUUGCAUCUGCGGUCCUCCAGCGAGCAGCAGCGUAGCUUGGCAGUGUGGGAACUAGGAACAACCAAGCAGAGCCAGGUAGAGCGAGUUCUAGAGUCUCUUACUUGGCAGAUGCGGGUAGCCUGUGGCUGAGGAGCAAUUUCGGGUUGGUUUUGUUGGAGAGCUUCAGCCUCAAGAAGAAAGUCGCACUGUACUGUGCAGCAGUGGCCUUGGAAUAGCGUCCUCUGUUGUCGUUGUAGUUCUCUAUAGGCUGCACGGCGAAGCGAUCUCUCAGAUGGUGGCUGGAAGCUUUUAGAGGUGAACUUAUAUUUUGAGUGGAAGCGUGAAAGGAUUAAGCGUAAUUGCAAUUUGAGGUUGUUGACGGUAGUGUGCGUAGUGCUUAGGCGGGAACUAAGCUUCCUAGGGCGAGGAAGGAUUUUGUUGGGGGACUGCGCUGUUGAUUGAGUGGAAGAUCACUGGAAAGACAGGAAACUGUGCACCGGAUUUGUGUGCCCGUUUUUGAGAGACUACCAAUUGCGGCAUUGCAAGCACUGACAACGAGCGUGGAGAAUAGACGCGAGCGAUUUCGGGUGAAAGAGGCAGCUUAGGAUGACGCACGGACGAUGCGGUAUACGAGGAAAGGCAGUUUGGAAUCACGGCUGCACGUAGAAGUGGAGAUGCCGUUGCUGGAGAGAGGCGUCGUGUUUCGUCGGCGGUGAUGCCCAUUCAGAUCACGGAGGGAAGCAUGGUUACGGGAGGACAGUGUUAAAAUUUCUAGUUGUAGGGCGAGGUGGAAAACGGGUAGGCUAGCUCCCGCAGCAGUCCAAGCCUAGAGCGUUGGGAGCAUCACGGCGGAGUUUCACAAGGUGGCUAAAAUGAGGGGCGUCACAGCGGAAGUGAGCUAUGACCGCACUGACGAGGGAAAGGAAGGGCUCGCGGCAGCCAGGGAGAUGGUGGGCAAGGAAUCGUCGGACUUGUGGGGAAGGGUGAAGAGGAUGUCAGUGCGGGAUUUGGCGAGCAAGUUCGAGUCAGGCCAAGCCGCUGCGCAAGCAGCUGCUGCCAGGCUUGCUGAAGAGCAAAAAGCCAAAGAAGUGGCUCUCUUGGACAAACCAGCGCUUCUGAAAAAGUUACGUGGGCUGCUCGGAGACCUUUUGGGCCGUGUUGCGGGGCGGAACAAAGAUGAUGUCACGGAAGCUCUCAUCACAGUGGAUGCAGUGGAAGCUCAAUGGACACAACGGGAGACCGAGGCCAUGCAGGAAAGAGGAGAGUCGAGGAAGCUCGCUGCUCUUUUCCAGAAGGCCUCGGAGGAUGCAAAGAGUAUCAUAGAGAAGGAACGGCAAGAAGCCCAGGCGGAGAUCGAGGCUGCACGUGCCACUGCACUUCGCUGUCAACAAGCGUUGGAAGAGCAGACUCACGCUUUAAGUCACGCCGAGCAAGAGGAGCUUGUGGAACUACGACAGGAGAUCAAAGAAGCCCGCAGAAUAACGAUGCUGCACGCGCCUAGUAAGGUUAUGGACAUGGAGUACGAGAUUGCAGGUCUACGACAGCAGCUCACUGAGAAGGCUCUUGAGGUGGUUGCUCUCCGCAAAAAGGUGGAUGCUUUAGUGUCGAACUCAGAAGGUCCGUCACACUUUGAGCUGCAGGGCGAGGAGCGGCUUGGGUCUUCCCUAGUCAUCGUCCCUGCUGACUCACUUUCUCCAGAGCUGGGAAAGUGCAAAUUCCAGUGGCACCGUAUGCAUGGGAUCAAGGCUGAAACCAUCAUAGGUGCUACGAGGCCUCAGUAUGCUCCCGAGCCUCUGGAUGUUGGGAAGAAGCUGAAAGUUGACAUUGACCUUCCGGAUGGUAGUCGAGAGUCGCUUGCAACUUCGGGCCCUAUAGAUGGAGCUGCUGGACUAGGUCAGUGUGUGGAAGCAUUGGUCCGGAAAGGAGGAGCUGAGUUCAAUGUUAGAAUCUUCCAAGAGAAUGGCGAACACGUUGUCAAGGCCACAUUUCAAGUGCUGGUUAUCGACAAAUCGCGAAUGAAGCUUUUCAAAGGCCGGCACAACCGAGCAAAAGAAGAAUACUCUUCGUCUAUGCAGUUGUGUGGUGCACGAGGCGGUGGUGAUGCAGCCGCGCGGAGCUUGUAUUGGGUGGCGAACAAGAGCCUUACCUUCAUGCUGGUGUUGGACUCGGAGCGAGAGCGCAACGCAGCGAUCAUGUUGGCGAGAAGAUUUGCUUAUGACUGUAAUGUCAUACUUGGUGGACCUGAUGACUAAUUCCCCAGAGGCAAUCAACCACGAUGGAUCUGUAGAAUCUGGAAUGGGGUGAGUUCGACGGGUGCAACAUUAUUCCUGUGAAGUGCAGUGGAGAUUCACAGCCAGCUGUGAUGGUCAAUAUCUUGGCCCCCUACAUUCGCCAGGCGGGUUGUGUAUUGAGCCACCGCAUAUGUAUGUCACCCCGUACGAGGGACGCACCUUCGUGACCUCUGCUAUUGGGUUCGUAAACCUGCUUAGAGCACUUCGAAACCCCGACAGAUCCUCAUAAGAAUCAGCGCUUGUAUCGUAGAGACCUGUGGCUUUGCUCAAGAUAGGUUGGAGUGAAGCACUAGAUAUCUGAUUUCGCCUGUUUGAAAGAAGUUUACAAAUGCCACCACACUGGGGUGGCAUGACGUAGUCGUAGAAAUGGAGGGCCCUGUUUGAGACGAAGAGAUUUUCUGAGGUGCCGCCUGACGAAGGCGGGAACAGUACUGUAUUGUAACCCUCAUGGGUAAUUUGUAACAGUCGAGCGAGUUGAAUUUUGCGAGGUGCAUAGGUUCCUGUCCAUCAUUUUGCUUAGGCAGUGCGGGCUGCUUGAGUGUGUGGGGCAUUUGAAGCGUGGCGAUGAUUGACUUGGCCAAUCCAAGAAUGCCAACAUGUUUUCCAACAAGUGGCUGCAGUGCUUUUAAGAGCAAAACAAGCUACAUUACAUCAGGAUUUUUAGCUAAA